AGACCAACCCGUGAAGACCUGUGAAGUGAAGUGAAUAAAUUCGUUGUGUGAAGCUCACUCUGAGCCACACUAUUUUGCAUCCAUUCAUAAAGUAAAGCAAACUUGCCGCCGAGCUCCUCCCUCUCUCUCGAUCUGCAAGCUUUAGGCAUACUCAGAGUGGAACAGGAAGGUGUGUGUUUUGUGCUGCAGAAACUUAGGUGAGGUUUGAGUAUGCUUCAGAGUGUGCGCACCUUCUCCGGUUUUGGCUUCAGGCCUUGCCUUCAUCAUCAUCAUCCUUGUACCAAAGCAGCAGCAACAACAAGUAGUUCUUCAGCUAUCUCACUUGGCUUCUUCAUGGAGCAAACCUCUCUUCCUCCUUUUUCUUCUUUGAAGUUGAAGCACUCUCAGCAGGCCCAACUCAUUUUCCAAGCAUCACAAGAUCCUGUUUCCCUAAGCAAUGAUGAAUUGCCGGUCCGCGGACUGUCAGAAGUGAUUGUUGGGGUUCUGGGAGGAGGCCAAUUGGGUCGCAUGUUAUGUCAAGCUGCUUCUCAGAUGGCAAUCAAAGUCAUAGUCCUAGAUCCACAGGAGAACUGCCCUGCAAGUUCCCUGUCUUAUCAUCAUAUGGUUGGAAGCUUUGAUGACAGUGCUACUGUCGAGGAAUUCGCAAAGAGGUGUGGAGUAUUGACGGUUGAAAUUGAACAUGUUGAUGUUGCUACAUUGGAAAAGCUUGAGAAACAAGGAGUUGACUGCCAACCCAAAGCCUCUACUAUAAGAAUUAUUCAGGAUAAGUAUCUGCAAAAGGUUCAUUUCUCACAGAAUGGAAUUCCACUUCCUGAAUUUAUGCAGAUAGAUGACCUCGAAGGUGCCAAGAAAGUAGGGGAACUCUUUGGCUAUCCUCUAAUGAUUAAGAGUAGGAGAUUAGCUUAUGAUGGGCGAGGAAAUGCUGUUGCUAAAACUGAAAAUGAACUUCCCUCUGCUGUGGAUGCUCUUGGAGGAUUCAGCCGAGGUUUAUAUGCUGAGAAAUGGGCACCUUUUGUUAAGGAGCUAGCUGUGAUUGUGGCAAGAGAAAGAAACAAUUCUAUUUCAUGUUAUCCUGUUGUUGAAACUAUUCACAGGGACAAUAUAUGUCACAUAGUUAAGGCUCCAGCUAAUGUGAAAUGGAAGAUUAGAGAGCGUGCUGCUGAAGUUGCAUGCCGUGCUGUUAGAUCACUAGAAGGUGCUGGUGUGUUUGCAGUUGAAUUGUUCUUGACAGACGAUGGACAGAUUCUAUUAAAUGAAGUAGCUCCUAGACCUCACAAUAGCGGGCAUCAUACAAUUGAAUCUUGCUAUACCUCUCAAUUUGAACAACAUUUGCGCGCUGUUGUUGGUCUUCCACUUGGUGAUUCCUCAUUGAAAACUCUAGCUGCCAUCAUGUACAAUAUACUAGGUGAAGAAGAGGGGGAGCUUGGUUUUCGUUUAGCUCAUCAAUUGAUCAGAAGGGCAUUGAUUGUUCCUGGUGCUUCUGUUCAUUGGUACGAUAAACCAGAAAUGAGAAAGCAAAGGAAGAUGGGCCAUAUCACCAUUGUUGGAAAUUCUUUAGGAAAUAUUGAAAGUGAUCUUGCUACAAUAGUAGAAGGGAAAAGGUUAGAUGACAAGUCUGCUGUAACUCCACGUGUGGGGAUCAUCAUGGGUUCUGAUUCAGAUCUUCCUGUUAUGAAGAGUGCUGCUGAGUUCUUGGAGAUGUUUGAUGUUCCUCAUGAGGUAAGAAUAGUGUCAGCUCAUCGAACUCCGGAACUGAUGUUUUCUUAUGCCUCCUCUGCUCAUGAACGAGGCAUACAAGUUAUUAUUGCUGGCGCUGGUGGCGCAGCUCACUUGCCCGGUAUGGUUGCUGCUCUUACUCCUCUGCCUGUCGUAGGUGUUCCUGUGCGUGCUUCAACCCUAGAUGGAAUAGAUUCACUCUUGUCAAUUGUCCAGAUGCCGAGAGGUGUCCCUGUCGCCACCGUUGCAGUCAACAAUGCCACUAAUGCUGGAUUGCUCGCAGUGAGGAUUUUAAGUGUUGCUGAUGAUAACCUUCGAUCGAGGAUGAGCCAAUACCUAGAAGACCAAAAGCAAAUGGUAUUGAAGAAAGGAGAUAAGUUACAAAACGAAGGUUGGCAAUCUUACUUAGAUAGUUGAACCAGUCAAUUUAGUGAUUAUUUUUCCAUAGUCUGUUGUAAUUUUUGUACUGCUACAAAGUUUUGACACGAGAAAAUGUCAUAAUGAGGGUUUUCACAUUUUAAAUGUUAGAGGGCAUCACUAAUAAGUGGAUUAAGGUUAAUAGGUGCAACAAUAGGAACAAUAGAAAGAACUUAAAGGUUGUAAUCUGAGUUAAAACCCGUCCUUUAAGUUUUUUUUGGUUGCUCACGGUAUCCCUCAGCAUGAUAGGUCAAAGACUAAUCCGUCACGAAUUUGAGCGUCAUUUAAGGAUUUGACGCUAGUUAAUGGAUUGUUACAUGCAUAAGGUGAGAUUUAAACAUCUAAUACUUGUUUACGUGGAUGAAUGAGCUGACCACUCGACCAACCUAAAUUGGUUAGUCCUUUAAGUUUCUAAUGCAAUCAAUUUAUCAAAAAUUCAUACACAAGUUUGAGACCUCCGCACUCCGUUGGCAUUGCCAUCGACACGAACCUGGUCUAUAGUGGCUUUUUGGCAUUGUCAUAAGAUCACUACGCAUACUAACUUUGGUUGGUCGAGUAGUUAGUUUAUUCGUCUGUUUAAACAAGUGUUGGUAGAUUUGAAUCUAUCUGGUGCAUAUAGCAAAUUAUUAAAUGGAGUUUCGAUUUACGACGGAUUAAUUUUCUCUGUUUGAGUUAAUUUGGUUUUUGAAUUUUAUUAUCGUGAAGCUAAUCCUCUAUAAAUUUCAUACAGAUGAUGGUAUUGGGAUGCUAA